GGAAAGAAACAAAUAUAAAAAAAAAAAAUAGUCGUUAGAUUUUCUUUGGAAAGAAAAUAUAGGAAAAGAAAAUGAGUUUACUUAAUAGGAAGGUAAAGUAAAGCAACCUCUGAACUUCAACGACUGAAAAGUGGAAAGUCAAGACGCCACAUUUAACAGGAAGGUAGCAAGAACUGAUGGCUAAUACUUUGCUCGACUUCUGAAGACUGAGACCAAAAAUGGCAAUUUUACAGACAUUUUUAUCAAAUAUUCAAAAUCAAAAUCUCAAUUAACUUCUGUAAAAAUGUAUCGAGGAGGAGAAGGAUCAUCCUCGCCAUCAAUAUCAAAGACACCCAGCUGGCUACAGACACAAUAUUCACUUAAAAGAGAACUGAUCCAGGAGGAUGAUUUUGAUUGGAAACUACCCACAUCAGCAUCAAGAACCAAUGCCACUCUUGAUAAAAAUGGUGGUGAUCAAGUUUUGUUGAAGUAUGUGGGUGGGGUUGAUGUGAGUUUCUUGAAAGAAGACCCAUCUGUUGCAUGUGGAUCACUCAUUGUUUUGGAUCUUCAAAGUUUUCGAGUUGUUUAUCAAGAUUACUCUCUUGUUCGUCUCCGUGUCCCUUAUAUUGCUGGCUUUCUUGCCUUUAGAGAGGUGCCAAUACUUUUACCACUUAUUGAGAAAAUGAAAAACAGUCGAAAUCCUUACUACCCGCAGGUGAUAAUGGUGGAUGGAAAUGGCAUGCUUCAUCCUCGAGGUUUUGGCUUGGCUUGUCAUCUAGGUGUUCUCGCAAAUCUUCCCACCAUUGGGGUGGGAAAGAAUCUGCACUAUGUGGAUGGUCUUAAUGAAGAAGAAGUGAGAGACCUUCUUCAAGCCAGAGGAAGAGUUGAAGAUUUUGUUAAAUUGACUGGAAAUUCCGGGUGUAUAUGGGGAGCAGCAAUGAGAUCAACAAGAGGAUCACUUGAUCCCAUAUAUAUUUCAAUUGGUCAUCGUGUAUCGCUAGAUACCGCCAUCAAAAUUGCGAAAAUCACUCGCAAGUAUCAUUUGCCGGAGCCUGUCCGACAGGCUGAUUUAUUAUCAAGAGAAUACAUCCGAAAGAACAAACAUUACUUGUUAAAUCUGGCAGAGACAUCUUGGAAAACUACUACUGCCAUUAAUUUGUUCAAUGACAUGGCGAGUUCUGGUGUCUUGGGGUUUCCGAUAUACCGCGAUGGAUUGGAGAGGUUUUGUAGAUGGCACUUGACAGAUUUGCAUUCAACUGAUGAAUGUGAGAUCUUCAGGAGUUUCUUAAUCAAGAAAGUUCAUUAUGACAACUUUCCUCUUUCUGAGGAACAGCUUAUUGCUAUGAGGCUUGAAGACUUUCUUAUUUCCAACGGAAAAAGACUGCUGAAACUUCUUGAGAAGUUGACCUUAGCUUAAGCUAAUUAAAUAACUAGCUACUGAGUUGAUUAAAUUUUGAGCAACUGUAAAGCUACUAGAUACAUUGUAUUAAUGAGAAUGACUUGUUUUGUUUCUACACUCAAA